CGUAAUAUUAUUAUCUAUGAAUUCACAUGACAUAUUCAUUCAAAUUCAUUCAUUCAUAUAUCUGUCAAUUAAUUUUUCAUGAAUUGCGGAUAACAUGUAAAUGUAUGUGAAAAAAUCACAUUUCAUAUGAGUAAUACAUUGUUUCUGUAUUUACCAUUUUAAAUAAUUUAACACUGUAUCCUUAAAACAUGGCUAGUAAUGAAGAAAUUACCGGGCCCAUUUCCCAGGAGGAUGUAGAGGCAGCGGAUAAAUUGAAAAACGAAGCAAAUGAAUACUUUAAAAAACAAAGUUACAAUAAUGCAAUCGAGUUGUAUACUAAAGCAAUAGAGAAGAACCCGAAGAAUGCAGUUUUCUUCGCUAAUAGAAGUAUAGCCAAUUUGAGACUGGAAAACUUUGGUUAUGCUCUGAGUGACGCGUCUAAGGCAAUAGAAUUGGACAGGUCUUACACGAAGGCGUAUUACAGGCGAGCCGCGGCUUACAUGUCCCUAGGAAAGUACAAACUAGCGCUUAAGGAUUUUGAAUAUGUAACCAAAGUAAGGCCAAAUGACCAAGAUGCAAAAAUGAAGUACACUGAAUGCAAUAAGAUAGUUAAGAAGAUUGCUUUUGAAAAGGCCAUCUCUGUUGAUAAGAAGGAGGUCAAUAUAGCUGAUUCCAUCAAUUUAGAUGCCAUGACCAUUGAAGAUGAAUAUAUUGGUCCAGCACUUGAGGAUGGGAAAGUGACCCUCAAGUUUGUCACUGAACUGAUGGAGUUUUACAAACGACAGAAGAAACUACAUAAGAAAUAUGCUUAUAAGAUCCUGAUUGAUGUAAAAGCAUAUUUGCAAAAGCAGCCAUCUCUCGUCGAUAUCAAGGUGGCUGAUGAAGCCAAGUUCACAGUUUGUGGAGACAUCCAUGGCCAGUACUAUGACCUGAUGAACAUAUUCAAGUUGAAUGGUCUUCCGUCAGAGACCAACCCUUACUUGUUCAAUGGUGACUUCGUGGACCGAGGUUCCUUCAGUGUGGAAUGCAUUUUCACACUGUUCAGCUUUAAGUUGUUGUACCCUAACCACUUCUAUAUGUCCAGAGGUAACCAUGAGACCUUAGACAUGAAUCGCAUGUACGGGUUCCGAGGUGAGGUUUCAUCCAAGUACACCUCCCAGAUGGCUGAUCUUUUCACCGAGGUGUACAAUUGGCUGCCCUUGGCUCACUGUAUCAACGGCCGAGUAUUGGUGAUGCAUGGUGGGCUCUUCUCCAAGGAUGACGUCACGCUUGACGAUAUAAGGAAGGUGGAUAGGAAUAAGCAACCACCGGAAGAUGGUAUAAUGUGCGAGCUGUUGUGGUCGGACCCUCAGCCGAUGUUAGGGCGCGCGCCGUCCAAGCGCGGCGUGGGCUGCCAGUUCGGGCCUGACGUCACCAACACCUUCCUGCAACGUAAUGGACUGGACUACGUCAUACGCAGCCACGAAGUUAAGAACGACGGCUAUGAAAUAGCUCAUGAUGGAAAAUGCAUUACUGUAUUUUCAGCGCCUAAUUACUGUGAUACAAUGGGUAACCUUGGUGCUUUCAUCACAAUGAAUGGCAAAGACUUGAAACCGAACUUUACUACUUAUGAAGCUGUGCCACAUCCGGAUGUGAAGCCGAUGGCGUAUGCGAACUCGUUCUUCAACAUGCUGUGCCAAUGAUCAGGUACCGCCGGUGUCGCCUGUUAGUAACUCGUCAACACCCGCAAACCAAACACACGCGCGCUCCUCCACACGUUCAAGAUGACUAUAAUAUUAUUAUUAUCUAUUUUUAAUACCAUAUGGUAAUCUCAAAAUGCACUGCAAACUAAAACGGGGUGAAUAGAAUUCAAAGGGUGAAUAGAUACAGGUAUGGGGUGAAUAGUUAGUUGUAAGGAUGUUUUCCCAACAUUUAUUUUUCCCUCUCUGUAUCUAUUUACCCCGUUUUACUGUUUCUUAUGUUUCACUUAUUAUAAGGUCAUCUCUUUAAAUCACCUCCUAAAUCCAGUUUCGGUAAUUGCUGCGUUGAUACCGAUGCGAAUGUUAAAAUGUUACCUUUUUUGUUUAAUAAAACGUGACUUGGCUCAUACGAAUGGUUUUGCAAGUGUUUUGUAGUCAAGUUAUGUUUUAAAAGUUACAUCUAACAAUAUUUGAAUCUAUACAAUCUGUUGAAAACUACUUUAUAUUUCUUAUUUCCUUUCAAAGUACUUACAGCUAUACUGUCCAAUGAGGCUAUCAGGCAUUCGCGAUUUUCUUUAAGUACGGCUAUUGGGAACUAAGAUCUGUUGCCCAAAAGAGAAUUUGCUAGUGUCAUAUCAUACAUCUCUGUCGGCACUUUAGUGCGUUCUGAUGAGCCAAAAAUGAUAGUCCUCAUAUGAAAAGUGUAGUGAAAACCGCUAUAUGAGCAUUUUAUCUCUUUCACACACUAAAAAUACAAGGAGAAAUGUCGUUUUAUGUUGUUAUCUUAUGACUUAUGUCGUCUGUUUAAAAAGGUUGUCUCAAGUACAAUUUAAAACCAACUAUAACACAGCAAAGUGACACCACUCUGGUUUCAACCUCAGUUCUGUCAUAUAAUGUCAAUUAUUAAGGGUCGACAAAUUCUGAGUGAGAUAGAUACUAAAAGUACUAUCUUUUUUAUACAAAAAUAUUCGUUAGCCGUUAUUUUAAAACAUGGCACCACACUAGGAUUUCCUAAUGCAGGUCCAUGCAACAUAAUGUUGCUUACUAUAGCAAAUAAUUGUUCCAAUUAUGAGAAUGGAACCCGCAAAGAUUUUUGCGCAACUGCCGUGCAAAUCAAGUAACAAGAAAUUAUUAAUUACGAAUUAUUUCAAUUACAAAGUAGGUAAACGUUAUCUAAAAUCAUGUUUUUACCGACUCACCGAGGAUAUAGUUAGUGUUAUUGUUACCUCAAAAUCUGCUGUAUAAUUAUUAAAAUCCUAUUUCACAUUAAGUUACUAAGUUUCUGUUCCUCUGACGAAUAAGUCGACGUAUUUUCCAUACGAAAUAUACCAAAAUAUUCGUCUGAUGAGCUAACAGAAACUUGAUCAUUCAUUGUGAAACAAACCGUUAAUGUUUAGUAUAUUAAUUACAAGUUGUUAUACAAUCUGUGUUCAAGUCUACUGCAAUGACCUCGCUUUAUGAUUCCACUUCAUAUUUUAUACUCUACUGAAGCGAUUUGAACGAAACUUUUUGCGUUUUAGCUCAAAUUGUGUCAGAUAGUAAGACACGUAGAAGGUGCAACUUAGAAAUAGAGCUUGCAGUACUGCAUAGCUUAUAAAUGGAGGAGCGUUGGGUAAAAUAUCGCAUAGGUAUUUCUUGAGACAAUAUUAUAAUAUGUAUUUUUGAGGAAAUAAGAGUAUGCCUGAGGGAUUUAUAAUUGUUUCUACGUAGUUUUUGUUGCGUAAACUUGUUUCCUCGAUCGUACGUGUAGCAUAGCAAUGCAAUAUCUUACGAGUGUUGCCAACUACUUGUACAUUAUACUCAUAAGUCUUAGUUGUAAACUUUAUUUUCACGCGCUGUUGUGACUAUUUCAUCAUAAGUGCAUGCGAGUAUUUAACGGUAUUCAUUGUUUAUGGGGUUACCAUGAUGUAUAAAUUGGUAUACAUUCUCAUUACCCUUGAUACUUGCCUCGCUGGAGACUUACGAUUUUUUGAUGCCAUUUUGUAAUGGCUCCAAAAACAUGUAAUCCCAAGAAAAUAUCGAAAUUGCAUUGCACCGUUAAAUAUUCGCGGUUAGGGGCCUUUUUGCUAUCACCUAGUUCCAUAGUAGCAAUAUUCAACUUAUUACUGAUCUAAGUCUCUUUUCAUCGAAAUAAAUGUAUCCUAGGUAAAGUUUAGGUCACAAUAAUCCCAAAAGAUUGUUUGUGAAAACCUAGAUUUUAUGUUAUUAUUAUUUUAAACGUACUUUAAUUCUAUUUAAUCUCAAGAAUGUUAAUCUUAUAUUACAACAGCGCCAAUGAAUUUUGUUUUUAUUUUUUAAUAUUAUUUUCUGAAAAAUGGAAAUUUAUAUUUACCCAGCCAUUCAUACAUCACUGAAUGAUGUCAAAGAUUUAAUAUUUAAUAAUGAAAAAUGUAUAUAUUUGAUACUUUUAACUAUAAACUAGCCGAACAACGUACCGACGUACAAGCUUUGCAUUUAGUUAAAAAUGUAUAACGUUCUAACAUUGAACACGGACAUUCUUGGGCUAGAGAAUAAAAUCUGUAUACAGGUUAAUAAAUGCCUUAAAAAGUUAAACAACUUUUCUUGAAGCAUAGAUUGCUAAUGUCUGUGCUAUUUGCUACAGUCUAUGAGUGUCUCGACGUCUACAUUUAGUUACCACUUAUUACCUGUCUAACUCAAUCGUGCAUUUUAUUUUUAUUAUUCCAAUUAUACUAAAAGGUUAGUAUAAGAUCCGAAAAUGAUGAUUGCAUUUAAUGAAAACGUAAUAUUUCAUAACGUGUGUCUACAUGUAGUUUGUUAAACAUUGUACACGCGCCUAAGAUACGAUUGUUUUGAAAAUACGGAACAUGUUACUGGUACACGGAAAGUGCUCGGAAAAUAAUUGGUAGACGCGUUGGUAUAUAAGCAAGAGUUGCUCCAUUUUUUUUAAAGAAGGUAAAUAGCAUAAUGUUGUAACGCAAUAAAAUUACUUUUUACGAAUUAUAAUGACCAACGUUGGUGUAAACUAGCUUUAUUAUAAGAGUACGUACACAAUAGAUGAAUAGUGAUUUGAGUAACUUUUAAUGCACAGUUGCAACUGAAUUAAAUAUUAAUGAAGGUGCUAGAGAAACUUGGGAAUCAUUCGGUUUUCAUGGUUUAAAGAACGAAUGAAGUUGGUUCAGUUAAGGAUUGACUGUGCACUAGAAGUUGUUCAAUGACUGGUUUAGUGUAAUACCUACAUGAAGAAGCUUGUGGACGCACAGCCUGAUGGCUUCACGCAAUGUGUAUUGAAUACUCCUGUGUGCACUUGACUUAAAUUUUGUUUUGGUGGUCUGCUACAUUCUAACGUCGCUAUGACAAGUUAGCUACUGCGUGGGGCUCGAGUUAUUGUUAUAUUGUUAUAUCAGUAACAACAGCACGCGACCUCUGUUCUAUCUCUAUCUCUAUGUGUUCACCCAAAUAUGGCAAACACGUUACUGUGCAUAUUGCUAAAUGUCGAUCAAACAAACGGGUUCUAACGGGUCGGGUGUAACGACAUAAUAAGUCCAACAAUGGAUAUAUCGAUAGAAUGAGCACUGAAGUCGGCGAUCAUCAAAACAAUAAUGAAGGUAAAAGAAUGCUCAAAAAGCAUAAGGUUUUUAUAUAAAGUGGAAACUCUUAGAUAAUAUGAAUUAUGUUAGUAUAAUUAGAAGUACACAAUGUCAGGGAAUACAAUAUUUAUGUCAAUGGUGCGGUAAAGAUAGUUCAAGGAUUGCAUUGCCCAGCAUAUCAGAUGAUGUAGAUAGGUUUUGGUGUUGACUUUAAUAAAAUUGUUAAAUUUGUA